AUGACAGCUUCCAAAAAUGACGCGGCACAAGUACAAACUGAAGAGCCUCUGCCGGCAAGCUCGACCGAAAAGUACUCCUGGUACAGAGGCGUCUUUUUCAAUGCAACCGUCGUGGGAAUCGCCGCCUUUGCCGCUCCUGGGCUCUGGAACGCCAUGAACUCGGUCGGCGCCGGCGGGCAGCAAACCCCAUACUUGGUCAUGGCUGGGAAUGCUAUUUUGUUCGCAAUAAUGACAUUUACCUGCCUUGCCGGCAGCUUAGUGGUGAACAGAUUCGGGUACCGGGCCGCCCUGAUAUUCGGGACCGCCGGCUACGUUGUCUAUUCGGCGGCACUCUACACCAACAACCGCUACGGCACGGUCUGGUUCAUAUACCUGGGAUCCGCAGCAUGCGGCGUCUCGGCUGGAAUAUUCUGGGCCACUGAAGGCGCCAUCAUGCUGAGCUACCCCGAGCCGGAAAGAAGGGGACGUUAUCUCGCCUACUGGCUCACGUAUCGGAACAGUGGCUCCAUCCUAGGUGGCAUCAUCAACCUUGCCUUCAACUAUAAAGGUGCCAGCACGGGGAAACUUGACUGGAGGACUUACAUUGUGUUUGUGGUUCUUCAAUGUCUAGGACCGGCUGCUUCGUUCUUGUUUACAUCACCUGAACAAGUCAUACGAAGGAAUGGAACCCGUGUACAGAUUGCCGAGCGUAUUUCCGACAAGGACGAAGCCAAAGGUCUUUUGCAAGUCGUUCUCCGAAAAGACUUUUUCCUCAUCUUGCCGUACUUUGUCUACGUAACUUGGGAGCUUCCAUACAUAGGCUCGUAUUUGUCAUUAUACUUCUCGGUCCGUUCACGAGCUCUGGCGUCCCUAGUAUCGGCCCUGGCUCAGGUAGUGGCGACAUUGAUCUUUGGAGCCUUCUUGGACUGGACCAGGUACGACCUCAACAAGCGCGCCCGCUACGGUUACAUUUUCAUGAUGUCUUUGAUCGGUGGGUGCUGGAUCUGGGGCGUUAUUGUCCAAAAUCAAUACACGCAGCACAAGCCAGCGCUUGACUGGGACGACGUCGGUUUUGGCAAAGGCUGGGCGCUCUACAUUUUCUGGCAGAUCAACUUUUCCCUCACUUACAACUUUGGCUUUUGGAUGAUCAGCUUCCUCGCCCGCGAGCCGAGUGAGAUUGCUCGUUAUAUGUCUUUGGCCCGUGGUGCCGAAGCUGCCGGUCAGUGCAUUUCCAGUGGGAUUAGUUCGACCUCUGCCCCGCUAAUAUCAGCAUUGGGCGUAAAUUUUGCCUUGUGGGGGCUCGCAGUUAUCCCAGCUUGGUUCGUGGUCCGACAGAUUGGUGUCAUCUACCAUGGCCCGGAGAAGUCAGUUUCUCCCGAACAGGAUAACGAUCACAAACUGCAAUCACAUGUAAAAGUAAGAGGCACGUGA